GGGUUCAACCGCAGCAGGAGAAUUGGGGCGGAUCUCGCGCCGCCUGUGCCGGCGCCGCCCCCGAGAGCCGGCGGCAGCACAGGCGGCGGCAGGCUGCUCUCUCCGCUCCCUGGGACUGUGGGACUGACUCUUGUUCAAAUUCAGACAUGCAUCCUCUCGUGUGCCCCUGCUUGUCUCUGCCUCCCGCGCUCUCCCUCGCUGCCCCGCAGAGUUUCUGAUAUUCCGAGCACAUACCCGCCGCUUCAGCUCCACCAGACUCCAACUGGGGUUUCCUGUUAAUGACCGGUCCCCUCCCGCCCUUGGGUUUUACAUGACAAGUACGUUUUAUAUUCCGCCCUUCUUCCGUAGGGUGCUUCCACAUAGGGUCACCAUACUGUAAACAGCUCGUUCACAAAUCGCAAGCAAGAUGUGGACGACAAUUCUCGCUUAGAAUUGUAGAGUUGGGGUGGGGUGGGGGCACAAGGAUCAUCUAGAUCAGGCAUAGGCAAACUCGGCCCUCCAGAUGUUUUGGGACUACAACUCCCAUCAUCCCUGAUCACUGCUCCUGUUAGCUAGGAAUGAUGGGAGUUGUAGUCCCAAAACAUCUGGAGGGCUGAGUUUGCCUAUGCCUGAUCUAGUCCAACCCCCUGCAAUGCUGGAAUAAUUUACCGGACGUGGGGCUCGGACCCACGACCCCGAGAUUAAUUUUUACCAUUUUCCCUCCAAAAAUCAGAUGAAAUGAUGGGGGCAUGGGGAUAGGCAAGCGCCAAUCCUACAAUAAACAUCGAUCUGGAAGCACCCUUAAGUACAUUUUAUAUCCCAGCUUUCUUCAGUCAUUGUGGAAGAAAGUACUAUGGAUUCCCAGCAUCCAGGCAUUAGUCAGACCCAAACAUGUUGGUGGUUGCAUCAUGUGCCCUCAAAUCUGCUUCACUAAAAAGGCAGUUUUCAAUUAAUUCGUUAGGAGGAGGACCUCACCUCAGUGGUAUAGCAUAUGUUUUGCAUACAGAAGGUCUGAAAUUCAAUCCCCAGGAUCUCUAUGUAAACUAGAAGAGACCAAAUCCUGGAGAGAUGCUGUCCAUCACUGUGGAUUUUUUAAAUUUAAAUUUUAUUUUACAGCUUUAUUAACCUUAUCACAGAAGCUAUCAAAGCAGCAUACAAUAAGAUAAAAUAAGACGCUAAUAAAAAUAAACAAUUUCUACAAUUGUACAUUUAAUAUCCCAUAAAAUGAUUGUGUUACACUUCAGGAAAAGACAUCAGUAGCAUCUAAAUAUCAAGAUGCUAGGCAACUGUCUAAUUUCAGCUGGUAAUGGAUUUCUGUUUACAGUGGUACCUCGGGUUACAUAUGCUUCAGGUUACAGACUCCGCUAACACAGAAAUAUUACCUCAGGUUAAGAACUUUGCUUCAGGAUAAGAACAGAAAUCGUGCAGUGGCAGCAGGAGGCCCAUUAGCUAAAGUGGUGCUUCAGGUUAAGAACAGUUUCAGGUUAUGAACAGACCUCCAGAACAAAUUAAGUUCUUAACCUGAGGUACCACUGUAUUUAUAUACCAAGUUAGAUAGAUCAGUGGUCUGACUCUGUAUGAGGCAGCUUCCUAUGUUCACUAGCCUGUCAGUCCCUGGUAUUGGUGAUCCCUUUAGGGAGGGUCCAGAGCUCUAGUGACAUUCCCACAGCCCCCCCCCCUGCAGAAUUACCACUUGAGGAUGCCACCAGCUAGCUACCAUGUAUGUAAAGUAAGUCUUGAAACCUGUGGCAUUAGUUCUGGUUAAAUGUGGUUAGAAUUCAGCUGCUUGAGAAAUACAUCUGCAAAGCCAAUAAUGGCUCAUUCAAUUUAGAGGAUAGUCACCUAAGUUCUACGAUACCCAAUGCCCUCCAGAUGUUGUUGGACUACAGCCUUGUCUCAGCUUGUGUUAACAAUGAUCAAGGAGGAUGGGAGCUGUCCAGCAAUGUCUGGAGGGAAUUGCAGAAGGAUAAAUCCAUGCAUUACUGUGCAGAAUGGUAUCAAAUAGACUAAUGGGCUUCAGCAGAAGAUGCCUUCCGAGUUCUUAACAGAGUGACUUCAGCUUUUGGCUCUGGAGCUUUAAAAAUGUAUGCCCCUUUGGCUUUCCUUCUGAUUUUAUUAGACUCCCCCACCAGGUUGCUGUUGUACUCUGUACUGUACUGUAUGGAAACAUCUAAUUGCGGAAUGAGAUAUAAUCUCAACAGGAAUAAUAUAAAAAAGGAUCAUGGCCUGUGAGCUGCCUUUUGGCACCUUUCCAAAUCUCUCCCUAUUAGUUUGUCUAAUUUUUCCUAAGAAGUUGGAAGUUGAUUUGUGUGUAGAAACACCCACACCAAGUUGUUCUAUUUCACUGGCCACAUACAUAUAUAAUUAGUAAAUAAAGGAUUUUAUUUCUGAACUGCAAUUCACUUUAAUGUUUCUUGCUUGCAGAUGCCACCUGUCCUGCAAUCCUGUUCAGAGAUCUCUGCCAUUGAGGAGUAAGUUUGUGAUCUCCAUCUUGGUCUUUCUCCACCAUUUUGAGCCCUUAUAAAGCCUGCAGCACUCUCUUAGCAAUGCUUUGGCUUUCUAUAGUUGUUGUUACAACCACCCUUACUCACUCACUCAAGGCCUAUACACAUGUGUAUGAGUGGAUUAUGUUUGUGUAGAACAUCAUACAUUGUUUGCUACAUGGGGUUUUUUUUAGGGCAACUUUUAUUGAUACAUUAAAACUAUGUAUAUUUUAUGCUCUAUGUAAACUGAAUGUUUUGACAAAUAAGCAGUGUGUGUGUGUGUGUGUGUGUGUGUGUGUGUAAUAAUGACGUAUGAGGUCCUAAUCAUAUACUACAAUUAUUAGAGAAUGUGAUGUUUGUAUAGACUAACCUACAUAUUUAAAUAAAAAAAAUCCUUCCAGUAGCACCUUAGAGACCAACUAUGCUUGUUACUGGUAUGAGCUUUCAUGUGCAUGCACACUUCUUCAGAUACCGUACAUGCACAUGAAAGCUCAUACCAAUAACAAACUUAUUUGGUCUCUAAGGUGCUACUGGGAGGAUUUUUUUAUUUUGUUUCGACUACGGCAGACCAACACGGCUACCUACCAGUAACUACAUAUUUAAAAACACACUAAAAAUUGUCCAUGUCUAAUUUACAACCUCAGGGGCCACAGAAGAUCCAUCGCCAAUCCUUAUUUUGCUGAAAUAAUACACUGUUAUAACAGUAAGAAGAUUGCAAUUAAAUUUAUCUCAGCCAAGGACAGCGUGAAAUGAAUUGAACUCUGCUUUCUCAUUUUUCUGUUAUGCUCUGUACUACAUAAAAAACAAAGCUGUAAUAUCUUAGAUACUAUACUCUGCUCUUGCAUCUAACAUUGCAUUCAUGCAAAUAUCAGGCAUAGUCUCAUUUACUAAUAAGAUUCAUUUGAUUUAAAUGAUGUUACAGAAACAAAUUGUAUUUUGAAGGGAGGUUUUAAAAGAUCAUAAUAAUACAUGGUAUAUAUUGGCAGGCAGAAUCUAGCUUUAAGAAACUUGGGUAGAAUAUAAAAGUUAUUGUCUGUCUGAAUACUGGAUUGAGCAAAGUGGACUAGUUUGAAUUAAAAGUGUGAGGCUGUAAUGCUAUACAUAAUUAAAUGGCAGGAAGCCUCAUUAAACGCAGUGAGAGUUACUUCUGAGUAUAGGACUGCACUGUGAGUCAUCUAAUUAUCUCAUAACCUCUUGAUGAGGGAUGUGAAAGAUGUAGCCAUCUAAACAUUGCUGGACUACAACUCUCACCAUUCCUGAUCACUGCCAAACCUGGCUGGGGCUGAUGGGUGUUGGUAUUCAAU